AUGGCCAACUGUAGCAGUUUGAAAUAUAUGGAAUUAUCUUUUAAUCAGUUUACAGGAGUUUUGCCUACUUCAGUUGCCAAUCUCUCUUCUACUCUUCAAGGUUUCGACAUUGCGGGUAAUCGAAUAUGUGGCAACCUCCCCCUAGGCUUAUUUGAUCUUGUUAACUUACCAAGGAUAAUCUUGCAAGCUAAUCAAAUUACAGGAACUAUUCCCACGGAAAUUGGUAAGCUUCAGAAAUUAGAGGAACUAUUUCUUGAUAGAAAUAGAUUAUUUGGGGAAAUUCCUUCAUCCAUUGGAAACUUAUCAUCUUUGAUUAGUCUUCAAUUGGACGAUAACAAAUUACAAGGCAGCAUCCCUUCCAGCUUUGGAAAUUGUCAUAAUUUAUUAUUCCUAGGUCUUUCUAGGAAUAGUCUUAGUGGAAGCAUACCAAAACAAUUUUUUCCUGUUUCUUCCAAGUUAGUUUCAGUAGUUCUAUCUCAAAACCAUUUGGUUGGAUCUCUCCCUCUUGAAAUAGGCAAUUUAUUCAAUUUGAAUGAAUUUUAUAUUUCCUACAACAAUUUGUCUGGAAACAUUCCUGGUAACCUUGGUCAGUGCAGUAGCCUUGAGUUCCUUUUCAUGCGCAGUAACAAUAUUCAAGGUGCCAUGCCCAUGUCAUUGAUAUCUUUAAAAGGUCUUAGACAAUUUGAUCUUUCUCAGAAUAACAAGUCUGGCCAAAUUCCAACGUAUUUAGGGAAAUUUGCCUUGGAAUAUUCGAAUUUGUCAUUCAACAAUUUUGAGGGUGAGGUUCCAACGGAAGGCGUUUUUGCAAAUGUGAGUUCAAUAUCACUUGAAGGUAACAAGAGGCUUUGUGGGGGCAUUCCAGAACUACGGCUGCCAAGAUGUAUCAUUGAUGAAUCGAAGAAAAGAAAAUUACGUCUGGUUAAAAUAGUUGUGAUCACGAUAUCAUGUAUUUCGGGUGUCCUCAUCUUGUCAGCCUCCUUAUAUUAUUGGUUCAAAAAGCAGAAGAGAAAGCAAUCUCCAGGUUCUUUGGAAAUGAAAUCUUUUCGAAAACUUUCUUAUCAAAGGAUUCUCAAAGCAACUGAAGGGUUUUCCACAGCAAACUUUCUUGGCGCGGGGAGAUUUCGAUCUGUCUACAAAGGCACCCUUGAGGAGGAUGGAGCAAUCGUUGCAGUAAAAGUACUCAACCUUCAACAAAGAGGAGCUGAAAAAAGUUUAAUGGCUGAAUGCAAAGUCUUGCAAAACAUACGUCAUCGAAAUCUUGUGAGGAUCAUGACAUCUUGCUCAACUAUUGAUUUCCAAGGAAAUGAUUUCAAGGCACUUGUUUAUGAGUACAUGCCGAAUGGAAACCUGGACAAGUGGUUGCAUCCACGUUCAGAAAUACAUGCUGAGCCAACUGAACAAUAG